AUGGAGAUGGUCCCCGUGAGUGGCGAUGUCCAGGAGGUUCUGAAGCAAGUCGAUCGCAAACACAAAGGGAAGUGGGGAGAGCGGGUCUCCAUGAGAAAGGCCCCUCACAUGCUUGAUCGGCUCCCCCAAGAACUCAGCGAGACCCUCAAAGUCGAGGAUUGCAUAAGAGCGGCAAGCAUGUCUCGGAAUUUUACCAAGAACCCCCUACGGUGGAGAAGAUUGAACAAGUGGUCCCACCAAAUAGAAUCGAGGGUCGCCAAGGGUCGACAGGUUGCAUUGUGUGAAGUCCAUGCCCUCCCAAUUGAAAUUAUGCGUCCUUCUCUGGCUCUUGUGCAGUAUGGACCUGAGGUGCUCCUGGGUCAACUUCUCUCUCUCAUCAUGAUGCACCAUUGCGGAGCCGGUGGACGAAGUUCUUCCUUCUACGGGCAUUCACACUUAUCCGCAAGCAUUGCCUUUUACAUGCUCACUCGAGGACGACCCAGGUUACCUGGAAGGGCCUUUGCAAGGGGAGGGCACGUAUGGCUUAGUAGAGCAAAUGAAGUUGACAGCAGGGCAUUCUCAAGAGCAAUACUUGCCAGGAGUGCAGGAAUCAAGGUGGAGGAAGAGAUAGGUUUGGUCCAGUAUGCGAUGGCCAUCUUCAUGGAUCAACAAGAAGCCCACAUGAUCCCCAGCAUCUGCCAUUCCAACCAAACCAGCCACAUUGAUCAACAGUCAUUCCAGACACACACUUGUCAGACAAAGCAGGAGCCAAACAAGUUUGACACGGAGUACGAGGAUGAUGAGAUGGAGUACGACGACGACGACGAGAUCGACGCGGGGUGCGCAUCGGGUUCAGCAAGCGAUGAUGAUCAGGCAACACAUAAUGCAAGGAGCAGCGAGCUGAUGCAGGUUGAGAUGUCAGAAAGGGGGAGAGAUGGCUGCUCAAGCAACCUGGGCGAUGAGAUCCAAAUGCUGAUGGUCUGCCAGAACGGUACUAGUGACCAUUCCAAUUUGCAUGGGCAAGAUGAGCCUUGGCAUUUUCUCUACGAGGAGCUAUGCAGUGGCUACCCUCAAUCGUCAGGUGAAGACCAAGCAAUGGCUGAAAAUGCUCACUACGCACAGACAGUCUCGCUGAUCCUGCACCGCAACAACGCCCUGAGACAAGCCGACGGCCUGCACACCGGGUCCUACCUGGCAAUCUCGCACCGAUCUUCAUUCUCCAGAUGGGAUGCUGGCAUCCAUGGACGCACGGUCGCCCAAGGCGCCGCCCGGCAGAAGAUGCUCAAGAGUGUCCUCCUGUUCUUCAAUGCUACCUGCAACAAGCCACCUGGUGAUCUGAGGUGCGACGAAGCCGGUGCGCGGAGGGAGGUCGACUUCGGCGCCAGCCAUGUCAUGCAGGAGCGGAAGAGAAGGGGGAAGCUCAACGAGAGGUUCAUCAUCCUGCGGUCCCUGGUGCCCUUCGUCACCAAGACAUCUUCUUUCCAUGGUUAUCAGAUGGACAAGGCCUCGAUACUCGGCGACACGAUCGAGUACGUGAAGCAGCUGACGAAACGUAUCCAGGACCUUGAAUCAUCGACAGUCAGGGGGCCGACGAUGUCGAGAGAGAAGCGUGCGCUGCUGACGGGCAUGGAAGGGCCCAGCAGCAGCAGCGGUAGCAGCAGCAGCGCCCCGGUGGCCACGGACGUGCAGGUCUCCAUCAUCGAGAGCGACGCGCUGCUGGAGCUCCGGUGCCCCGACAGGCGCGGCCUGCUGGUGGCCAUCAUGCAGGCGCUCCAGGAGCAGCUCCGGCUCGAGGUCACCUCCGUCCAGGCGUCGUCGGACCACGGCGUGCUGCUCGCCGAAAUGCGAGCCAAGGUGAGGGAGGUGCAUGGGAGGAGGAGCAGCAUUUCGCAAGUGAAGAGAGCGAUCCAUCUCAUCAUCUCAUCGGGAUGA